AUUUGAUGCAGGGUAUCCCUGUAACAGAGGACCUUUACUCCAUAUUUACAAAAGAGAAAGAGCAUGAAGCGCUGCACAAGGAGAACCUGAGAAGCCAUCAGGAAUUGAUCAGCCAGCUGUUGCAGAGCUACAUGAAACUGCUCUUACCAGAUGAUGAAAAAUUCCACGGAGGAUGGGCACUUAUUGACUGUGAUCCAAGUCUCAUUGAUGCCACUCAUAAGGACGUGGAUGUUCUGCUGUUACUUUCUAAUUCUGCCUACUACGUGGCCUAUUAUGAUGAUGAAAUCGACAAAGUGAAUCAGUACCAAAGGUUAAGUCUCGAAGCUCUGGAAAAAAUAGAAAUAGGGCCUGAGCCUACUCUCUUUGGCAAACCCAAGUUCUCUUGCAUGAGGCUGCAUUACAAGUACAAAGAAAUGAGUGGAUAUUUUCACACUCUUAGAGCGGUGGUACGCAACCCAGAAGAAGAUGGAAAAGACACUCUUCAGUGCAUCGCAGAAAUGCUGAGAAUCACAAAGCAAGCGCUGGGGUUCGACGUGCCCAUUAUUGAGAAGAAGCUGGAGAGGAAGAGCAGUAAACCUCAUGAGGACAUCAUUGGCAUUCGGUCUCGGAACAGAGGGUCCCUGGCUCAAGGCAAGAAUUAUUUACUGAGCAAGUUCUCAUCUCUCAAUCAAAAAGUGAAACAAACCAAAUCCAAUGUAAACAUUAGCAAUCUUCGGAAGUUGGGCAGCUUUACCAAACCUGAAGUGAAAGUCAAUUUUUUAAAGCCAAAUUUGAAAGUGAAUCUUUGGAAAUCAGAUAGUAGCCUUGAAACUUUAGAGAACCCAAUGGUAGAUACUAAAGUCCAUACUGAAUCCGAUACAGAAGUAUCGGAUAAUGAUUCGUUCCACUCAGAUGACUUCCUGACUAAUUCUAAAUCCGAUGAGGACAACCAGCUGACUGACUCUCUGGAGAACAUAGGGCAGACAGACUACGUGCUGCCCAGCUGUGGAAUCAUUGCCUCAGCUCCACGGCUGGGCAGUCGGUCCCAGUCCAUAAGCAGCGCUGACAUGAACAUUAGCAUUCAUGUUCCGUCUGAGAUCCACGUCUCUCAGGCCAGCCAGUCUGACUGUGAAGACAUACCCACGCCUUCUGCUGACAAUGUGGAGAUGGAACUUGCAAAACCUAUCGAUGUGUACUGCCAGAGGUUUGUGCACGAUGCUCAGAAUAAGGUGUCAGAUGUUUUGGAGGCUGAGGCUGGUUCUCAAGAGCCCCGUCACAUAAUAAAUCAAACCAGCAAUAAUACCUCUAACAAGGCAGAAGCUAAGGCUGAAGCUAUCAGAGACAUUCCUUCCAGGCCAUCUAAGUUGGAUGUACAGUCUUCUGAGCCAAAUCCUCAGCUUUUAGCUGUUGGUGGGACUGACUUCAUUACAUCUCAUAAAAGCCCAGGAUCUGUGUCUGGUAACCUUGAGAUGGGACUCCACAUGACUCCUUCUCCAGCUGACAGCAGUGGCAGCAGAGCUGUAUCUCCAUUUGCUAAAAUUCGCAGCUCUAUGGUCCAGGUUGCUAACAUCACGCAAGCAGGACUGACUCAAGGGAUCAGCUUUGCUGUGGCAAAGGUCCAGAAGAGCCCUGCGGAACCAGAAGCUAUCAAUGAAACCAAACAAAAAGAACUGAGAGAAAUGUUUACGCAAUGCCAGACACGGAUAAUUCAAAUUUAGUAGCUAAUUGAGGAAGUGUUCUUCUAGUUGUGGCUU